AUCAUGAGUUCCUUCUCAUCUUGCCCUGAUAACCACUUGUUAAAAAAGACAUUUAUUACCGUUGUCGUGAUACUUGCAAAGUCUAACAACUGUAUUUGCAUAAAAAAAAAAACACCAAGCAUAAAAUCCCCUGAUUAAGUGACAGAAACAUAUCAUAAAAGGAGAUUUUUUUUUUUUUUUGUGGAAAAAAAAAGAUCAGGGACAUUGGAAAUCCCAGCAAAAUAAGGUGAAUGAGGAAAGGAAAAAGGUCAAAUCUUUGGAGGAGAAAAGAGAAAACAGGAAGAAGAGGAAGACAAAAAAGCUUUAUCCUUCAACGGCUAAACGGCAUCCAAGAAGACCUGGAGGAAGGCUCACCGUGGCAAGAACCAUAGAUGAAAACCGGAAAGAUAAGAUUUUGAUGCCAAAAAUUGAAGCUCGGAUGAAAGAAAGAUGGAGGGAGGGAUCCAAUAUAGAGAGCAGUUAGGGUUAGGGUUGCAGUGGACAACCGACAGUUCAAGAACUAGGUUCGUAUAGGGACCUCGGUGUAUAUAAAAUCGCAGGAAGUCGCGUCAACCUCACGGACCAAAUCUUGACCUACCGAGUACCGACAAAAGGAUCUACGAACGAAAGAAAGAGAGAGAAACAAUGCUGUCGGUCCCUACGAUAUACAAACCCUCGCUUCUCUCCUCCGUUCUGCUCCCUGGCUCCUCCUCCUCCUCCUCGUCCCCCGCUUUCCCCUCCCUUCUUAAUCUUUCCCGCCGCCUCCGCCGCCCGAGUUUCAUUCAAAUAGGCCGUGUUAGAGCUGUGGCUUCACAUAUUGUCGGCUAUCCCCGCAUUGGUCCAAAGAGAGAGCUUAAAUUUGCUUUAGAGUCUUUUUGGGAUGGAAGGAGCAGUGCUGAGGAUCUGGAAAAGGUUGCCAAGGAUUUGCGCAUGUCCAUCUGGAAACAAAUGGCUGAUGCAGGAACCAAGUUCAUUCCCUCCAAUACCUUUUCAUACUAUGAUCACAUCUUAGAUACGACUGUCAUGCUUGGUGCAGUACCUCACAGAUAUGGAUGGACUGGAGGUGAGAUAGGAUUUGAUGUUUAUUUCUCUAUGGCCAGGGGUGAUGCCACUCUACCUGCUAUGGAAAUGACCAAAUGGUUUGAUACAAAUUAUCAUUACAUAGUACCUGAACUGGGACCAGACCUUAAGUUCUCAUGUGCUUCCCAUAAGGCAGUUAAUGAAUACAAAGAGGCCAAAGAGCUUGGUAUUGAGACUAUCCCGGUACUCGUUGGUCCAGUUUCCUACUUGCUACUGUCAAAGCUAGCAGAGGGCAUUGAGAAACCAUUUUCCCUUCUUUCAUUGCUCCAGAAAAUUAUUCCAGUUUACAAGGAAGUUGUAUCAGAGUUGAAAGCUGCUGGGGCUACCUGGGUGCAGCUUGAUGAGCCGACGCUUGUGCUGGAUUUAGACUCUGAUCAGCUUAAAGCAUUUACAGAUGCUUACACGCAGCUUGAAGAGUCACUACAUGGUUUGAAUGUUCUUGUUGAAACCUACUUUGCUGAUGUCCCUGCUGAUGCAUACAGGGUUGUCACAGGAUUGAGGGGAGUCUCAGCUAUUGGGUUCGAUCUGGUGCAUGGAGAGAAGACUCUUGAACUGAUCCAGGAUCUGAGCUUUCCUUCUGAUAAGUAUCUCUUUGCCGGAGUUGUUGAUGGCCGCAAUAUUUGGGCUAAUGAUCUGUCAGCAUCUCUGAGAACCCUGAAGACCCUUGAGGGCAUUGUUGGCAAAGACAAACUUGUUGUUUCUACUUCCUGUUCGCUUCUGCACACUCCUGUUGACUUGGUUAAUGAAACAAAGCUGGACGGUGAAAUCAAGUCUUGGCUAGCCUUUGCUGCACAGAAAAUAGUUGAAGUAAAUGAGUUAGCAAAAGCAUUGAGGGGUGAAAAGAAUGAGGCAUUCUUUUCUGCAAAUGCUGCUGCACAAGCAUCUAGGAAGUCAUCUCCUAGAGUCAAUGAUAAGGCUGUUCAGGAAGCAGCAUCUGCUUUGAGGGGUUCUGACCACCGACGUGCCACCCCAGUGACCUCCAGGCUUGAUGCACAGCAGAAGAAACUGAACCUUCCUAUUCUUCCAACAACUACUAUUGGAUCCUUUCCACAAACUAGGUACCUCAGGAGAAUUCGCCGGGAAUACAAAGAGAGCAAGAUAUCUGAGGCAGAGUAUGUCAAGGCCAUCAAAGAAGAAAUCAGUAAGGUUGUUCGGUUGCAAGAAGAACUUGAUAUAGAUGUUCUUGUUCAUGGAGAACCUGAGCGAAAUGACAUGGUGGAGUACUUCGGGGAACAGCUGAAGGGAUUUGCCUUCACUGUCAAUGGCUGGGUUCAAUCAUAUGGUUCACGCUGUGUCAAACCACCAAUCAUCUACGGAGAUGUAAGCCGGCCCAAACCUAUGACUGUUUUUUGGUCUACAGCUGCACAGAGCAUGACCACUCGUCCAAUCAAAGGAAUGUUAACUGGGCCGGUCACAAUACUCAGCUGGUCCUUUGUUAGGAAUGAUCAACCGAGGUUUGAGACAUGCUAUCAGAUUGCCUUGGCAAUAAAAAAUGAAGUUGAAGAUUUGGAAGCAGCCGGUAUUCCAGUGAUCCAGAUUGAUGAAGCUGCUCUUCGAGAGGGUCUACCUCUAUGCAAAUCAGAGCAAGCCUUCUAUCUUGAGUGGGCUGUGCAUGCCUUCAGAAUAACAAGCUGUGGUGUGCAGGAUACAACUCAGAUACGCUCCCCUCGUGUAUUCCCAAGUUUACGUCUUAAUUUGCCAGGGUGCAUCAGGAUACUCUACGUCAUUUUAAUUAUGUUGUUAGGGUUGAAAUCUGAUUCCAAUGCUCUCAACACCUUUAUGAUCCAUACACAUAUGUGCUAUUCCAACUUCAACAACAUAAUUCACUCAAUCAUUGACAUGGACGCCGAUGUGGUCACAAUUGAGAACUCAAGAUCUGCUGAUAAACUCCUUUCAGUCUUUAGGGAAGGGGUGAGAUACCAUGCAGGGAUUGGUCCUGGGGUUUAUGACAUCCAUUCCCCGCGGAUCCCAUCUGCCGAAGACAUAGGCAACCGCAUCAACAAGAUGUUGGCCGUCCUGGAGAAGAAUGCACUCUGGGUUAAUCCAGAUUGUGGUCUUAAGACCAGGAAGUACUCGGAGGUUAUACCAGCUCUGACCAACAUGGUGGCUGCUGCAAAAUUGCUCAGAACUCAGCUGGCCAGUGCCGAGUGAUUGUAUGCGGCUUGCUGAUAAUUGUAGGUGUUGGAAACCUGAGAAGAUAGAGAGUAUUUGAAGAAGCAAUAAUUUUUUUCCCAAUUAGUUUAAUGAUAUUUGAUCAUCUUGUUGAACUGGUUCAAGAGAUAAUAUCUAGCAAGGAGAAUUUGUUUUUAAGUGUUGUGGCAAUAUCUCAGUGAAAUCACUUUGCUUACUCUAUGUACUCAUUUGCCCAGCUCAUGGGUUAACAUAGAUGAUACCAUAACAAUUUAAGCAAAAAAAAUUGAUUUCACAGCAAAUGCUGAAUUGCUUGCUCCUACAAGUCAA